AUGGUCAAGAAGCGCGUUCUCGUCAGUUAUGGUGUCGAUGUAGACGCAGUCGCGGGAUGGCUCGGUUCCUACGGAGGAGAGGACUCUUCCAAUGAUAUCAGCAGAGGAUACUUCGCGGGUACAAUCGGCGUCCAGCGAGUCCUGAAGUUUCUCGCCAAAUAUGAUAUCAAAGCCACUUGGUUUAUUCCUGGGCACAGUCUUGAAACGUUUCCCGAAGAUAUGGCCGCCGUUCGAGAUGCCGGGCACGAGAUUGGCCUGCACGGCUAUUCGCACGAAAACCCGACCGAUAUGACCAUCGAGCAACAAAGGGAGAUCCUCGACAAGACGUAUCGGAUGCUCACUGAGUUCGCGGGCAAGCCUCCGAGAGGCAGUGUUGCGCCAUGGUGGGAGACGAGCAAAGAGGGCGCGCAGUUGCUCCUUGACUAUGGAAUCGAGUACGACCAUAGCAUGAGCCAUCACGACUGCCAGCCGUACUACCUCAGAACCGGAGAUUCAUGGACCAAGAUUGAUUACAAGAAGAAGCCCAGUGAAUGGAUGAAACCAUUGGUGAAGGGCCAGGAGACCGGGCUCGUCGAGAUCCCGGCGAAUUGGUAUCUGGAUGACCUACCGCCCAUGAUGUUCAUCAAGGAUGCGCCGAACAGCCACGGUUUCGUGAACGCCAGAGAUGUCGAGGACAUUUGGAGAGACCACUUUGACUACUUUUACCGCGAGUACGAUGAGUUCAUCUUCCCAUUGACCAUUCACCCGGACGUUUCUGGCCGACCUCAUGCACUGUUGAUGCACGAGAGGCUUAUCGAGCACAUGAAGAAGCACGAAGGCGUGGAAUUCGUUACUAUGGCUCAAAUAUGCGACGAUUUCAAGGGAAAGACUGCGCCUGCAGAGGGAGCGGUCAUGCCAGCGGAGCCAGGAGCCAUUCUCAAGCAGUCUUAG